AUGGCGAAGAUGCGGGUGUCGUACGAGUACUCCGAGGCCGAGGACAAGAGCAUCAGGCUGGGGUUGUUCCUGAUCGCCUGCGGGAUCCUCAGCCUCUUCAUCCUGGGCUUCUGCUGGCUCAGCCCGACCCUGCAGAGCCUGCAGAGCAAGCCGGCCAACUGCACGGUGGUCUCGGUGUUGCGUCCGGAGGAGAUGUUCGAGUGUGUGUUUACGUGCGGUGCGGACUGUAAAGGGACGUCUCUUUAUCCCUGCCUGCAGAUCUUCGUCAACAACUCAGAGUCCAACUCGGUGGCUCUGCUGCACUUUGACGAGCAGCAGCUGGUCCUCAACCCGAAG